UGACAACAUGUCACAUGACAACGCCCUGGCUACUCGGACUUGCUAAUGCUAACAAUAUGGCAGCGUUCUUACAGUGGAGAAAAUUUGUUUUUUUCGAUAAAGAUACAGUGAAGGAUCCCGUGGAUAAUGGAAAAAACUUUGUUCUUCCCAAAGGAAUAUCGACCAGUGAUUCCGGACGGGGUCACAUUGUUCUUGGAGAUAUGGACGGGAAGAUCUGGCUCCUGACGCGCUCCCUGCAGCUGAUGUCGUUUCAGGCCUACAAGUUGCGGGUAACACACCUCUUCCAGCUGAAGCAGCACAGCAUCCUUGUAUCGGUUGGACAGGACGAACAUGGAAUAAACCCCCUUGUAAAGGUUUGGAACCUGGACAAACGUGACAGUGGAAAUCCGCUCUGCACCCGAAUUUUUCCUGCAAUUCCCGGCAACAAACCGACUGAAGUGUCAUGCAUCAGCGUCCAUGAGAAUCUCAACUUCAUGGCUAUUGGCUUCACAGACGGCAGCGUGGUUCUGACCAAAGGCGACAUCACCAGAGAUCGUCACAGUAAAACUCUGACUCUGCACGAGGGCAGCAGUCCAGUCACCGGCCUCGCCUUCCGCCAGAUAGCAAAAGUUACACAUUUGUUUGUUGCCACUCUGGAGAAAGUCUUUUGUUACACUCUGUCCAUCAAGGAGUAUCCUAAAGUAGAGCUGGACUCACAUGGUUGUGGGCUGCGCUGCUCAUCUUUGGCAGAUCCGUCCCAGGACUCCCAGUUCAUCGUGGCUGGUGAUGAGUGUGUGUAUCUCUACCAGCCGGAUGAACGAGGACCCUGCUUUGCUUUUGAUGGUCACAAACUGUUGGCCCACUGGCACCGUGGAUAUUUAUUCUUACUCAUCAGAGACGUGAAGUCACCCAACAAAACAAGUUUUGGCAGCGGUGAGACGUCCCCGUCAGAAAAACAGCUUUUAACCGUCUACGACCUGGACAACAAGUUCAUCGCCUACAGCGCCUGUUUCGAUGAUGUCAUCGACGUGGUGGCGGAGUGGGGCUUCUUCUACAUUCUGACCAGAGACGGAAAAAUGCUGGUUCUCCAGGAAAAAGACACGCAGACCAAACUGGAGAUGCUGUUUAAGAAGAACCUGUUUGUGAUGGCCAUAAACCUGGCUAAGAGCCAGCACCUCGACAGUGACGGACUCUCAGAGAUCUUCCGACAGUAUGGUGAUCACCUGUACUUGAAGGGAGAUCACGAUGGCGCUAUCCAGCAGUACAUUCGCACAAUUGGAAAACUGGAGCCUUCGUACGUCAUCAGGAAAUUCCUGGAUGCGCAGAGGAUCCACAACAUGACGGCUUAUCUUCAGGCCCUUCACAGGCAGUCGCUGGCCAACGCAGACCACACCACUCUGCUGCUAAACUGUUACACCAAACUGAAGGACAGCUCCAAGCUGGAGGAGUUCAUCAAGAGCAAUGAAACCGAGGUCCACUUUGAUGUUGAGAUCGCCAUCAAGGUUCUUCGUCAGGCCGGCUACCACAGCCAUGCUGUGUUCCUGGCUGAAAGACACAAGCACCAUGAAUGGUACCUGAAGAUCCAGCUGGAGGACCUCAAGAACUAUCAGGAGGGGCUGCGCUACAUUGGACGUCUGCCUUUCGAGCAAGCUGAAAGCAACAUGAAGCGUUAUGGCAAGACACUGAUGCACCAUGUCCCUGAAGGCACCACGCUGCUUCUCAAAGGCUUAUGUACCAACUACCAACCCAGCGAAGAUGCAGCAGAAAAAGACAGCAUGGACAGGAGUCGGGUGAACAAGGCCAACUCAGAGGAAUUCAUCCCAAUUUUUGCCAACAACCCUCGAGAGCUGAAAGCCUUCCUGGAGCAUAUGAUCGAGGUGGAACCCUGUUCUCCUCAGGGUGUGUAUGACACACUUUUGGAGCUCCGACUGCAGGACUGGGCACACGAACAAGACCUGGAGAGAAAAAAGGUCCUGCAGGGGGAAGCGCUGUCGCUGCUGAGGAGCGAUAACACCGUGUUUGAUAAAGCCCUGGUCCUUUGCCAGAUGCACAACUUUAAAGAAGGUGUCCUCUACCUUUAUGAGAAGGGCAAACUGUACCAACAAAUUAUGCACUACCACAUGCAGAACGAGGAGUAUGGAAAAGUUGUGGAAGCCUGCAAACGUUACGGAGACCAGGAGGGUUGCCUUUGGGAGCAGGCGUUGGGAUAUUUUGCCAGAAAGGAGGAGGACUGUAAGGCCUACAUCAGUGAGGUCCUGCAUCACAUCGAUCAGAAAAACCUGAUGCCUCCAUUACUCGUUGUGCAGACGCUGGCCCACAACUCGACGGCCACUCUCUCGGUCAUCAAGGACUACCUCAUCAACAAGCUGCAGAGGGAGAGCAAACAGAUCGAGGACGACGAGCGGAAAAUCUGCCAGUACCAAGAGGAAACAGCUCAUCUUCGUUCUGAGAUCCAGGAGCUUAAAACAAGUGCCAAGAUAUUCCAGAAGACCAAGUGCAACAUGUGCAACAGCCCCUUGGAGCUUCCAUCUGUCCACUUCUUGUGCAGCCACUCCUUUCACCAACACUGCUUCGAAAGCUACGCAGAGAGUGAGGCCGAGUGUCCGACCUGCACUCCAGAGAACCGUAAAGUCAUGGACAUGCUGCGCGCUCAGGACCAGAAGCGUGACCUCCAUGACCACUUCAACCGACAGUUACGCGGCUCUAACGACGGUUUCUCAGUCGUGGCCGAUUAUUUUGGCCGAGGAGUGUUUAACAAACUGACUCUGGUCACUGAUCCCCCUGGUAGCAAAACUGUUGGGAACCUGGAGGUGAACCUGCAGAGGGACCUUCUCAUCCACACCAAGAGAAACAACUAAAAUCUCAGCCUGUAAUGAUGUUCUGCUUCAGGGCACAACAUGCUGAUUAUUUUAUCUGCUCAGUUUCCCGUAAAGUGGACCGUUCUGCAUUAAUGUGAUACUUUGACUUGUCUUUGACUCAAGAUAAUAAUGUCUGUAAAUCCUGAAGUAACACUGAAGAAUCAGUCAUUCAUCUGAUAUUAAUAAAAUUAUCCCUGACACUCUUAAUGAUUAACACACAAUGAUUAAAACUGUGAAAAGUUAAGUGUUUUGUUUCUGUGUGUGUA